AUGUUGAGCUUCUGUUUUACUGGCUUUGGCCAUGGCAUGCUGACAACUAGCCCAGAUCUUACGCCGACUAAUGUUUUUGUGUCUCCCGAUACGUUUGACAUUACUUGCAUCAUUGACUGGCAACAUGCUAUUAUCACCCCCCUCCUGCUCGCUGCUGGGCACCCGAAGAUGUUCGAAAAUCCAGACGUAGAACCUCCAGAAACGCUAGAGGCGCCCAAACCUCCAGAGGGAUAUGAUACUCUUGACAUUGAAACAAAAAGCCAGGUUGAUGAGCUCCUCAGGCGACGUUAUCUUUAUUACCUAUAUCGCGUUUUCAACGGAGCUCGGAAUAAAGGACAUCUCUCUGCCUUUUAUGACCCUGUAUUACAACCUCGCCAGCAUCUUGUUGACUACGCUGGUCGCCAAUGGACUGGAAACAUCAUAACUCUGCGGGGUGCCUUGAUGCGGAUGUGCGGAUAUUGGCCUCUUUUAUCAACCAAGGAGGAAUGCCCUAUCUCUUUCACUGAUGCAGAAUUAAAAAAGCACUCUGAGGAUGAGCCAAUGUGGUUCGACUUAACCGCCCUAGUUAACUAUUGGCGUGAUGAGCUUGGUGGACUAAGUGAGGAGGGGUGGAUAAGAUCGGAAAUGUUCGAUCAUGCCAUGAAAAAGAACAAGGAGCUUAAGGAAAAAUUCAUCAAUGAUGCUGAUCCUGAUGAGGUCGAAAAUGUUGUAAAAGGCUGGCCAUUUCAGGACAAGGAGGAAUUUUUCUAG